AUGCCGCCCGCCAAGAAGAAAGACGCCAAGAGCGAGAAGGGGCAGCAGAAAGCCCUCGAGAGGGAAAAGCAAAAAAUAAUAGAAGACAAAACAUUCGGCUUGAAAAACAAGAACAAGUCCAAAGCUGUACAAAAGUUCAUAAAGUCGGUGCAGCAAUCCGCCAAAGGCCCCCAAAAGGGCGGAGAGGCCCACGAGAUUGCGAAGAAAAAAGAAGAGCAGCAGGCGAAAAAGGCCAUGCUGCAGCAGCAAAUGCUGCUGCAGGCGCUUUUCAAGGGCACUGAAAACGUGAAGAAGGCGGCGAGCGAGUCCAACGUGGGCACUUAUGACCCGAAGGAGUCAAAGCAGGAGCAGAAGAUAGACUUGUACAUAGACCAGAGAGAACAAACUGGCUGCAGCCGGUGGCCGGGGUCCAACGGGGAAGAGGCGGAGGGCGACACUUCGAUUGUUUGCAAAUUCUUUUUAGAAGCUGUUGAGAAAAAACAAUAUGGGUGGUUUUGGGUUUGUCCAAAUGGAGGCGAUUCUUGCAAGUACAGGCACUGCCUGCCGCAGGGUUACGUGCUGAAGGGAGAAGAAGACUCUUCAGGUCCUGAAGAAGAAGAGCCAAUAGAGGAAAUAGAGGAAAAGGUCGAGAGAGAGCGCCAGGCACUGCCCCCAGGAGGCACCCCAGUAACUCCUGCCACUUUUGCUGCCUGGAAAAAGGCGAAGGAGGAGCGGCGGCUGGCGGCGCUGCGGGAGCAGCAGCAAAAGGAGGGCAAGCGCAGCAGCAGCAGCAGCAGCAGCAGCAGCAGCGGCGGCAAGGGGCAGCAGCUAUCAGGAAAAGACCUCUUUUCAUUUAACCCGGCGCUCUUCGUUGAUGCUGAAGGCGCAGCAGACGAAAAGGAUUAUGAGGAAGAUGAAGACUGGGCGGCGGAGAGAGAAAGAAACCAACAAGCACUCGACGAAGCAAAUGCUGCAGCGCGGGCGGCGCUGCGCGAGGCCUCUGACAAUGAGGGCGAGACUGACAAGAGAGAAGAUGCAGCAGCAGCAGCAGCAGCAGGGAAUGAUAAGGGCAGCAGCAGCAGCAGUGGCAGCAGCAACGACAAGAAGGCGCCGCAGCCAAUCAAGGCAGAGCUCUUCAUGGACGAUCUCGUUCCCGAGGAGCUGGAGGCGCUUGAUGACUGA